AUGCGUGUACAGUACGCGUUUGUCAUAGUGGCCGCCAGCGCGGCCGUCGUCCGGGUUGACGGAUAUCUCGACGUCUUGUCCAACGUGUACAACUGUAGAUCAACAGACUUGGACACGUGUCUUAAAAGCCAACUGGCGCGAACCAUCGAUGAAAUAUCGGAUAGGAAUGAAACUUAUCGGCUAAACCGGUAUCUAACCGUUACCACGGCCGGUAACCACCGACAACCGCUAUCGCCUGAUGAUAACUUGGGUGCGAAAUUUUUGAACUUUUUCAACACGCUGCAAAUCCAUUAUCAACCGGAAGAAGAAGACGGAUCAAAUGAUGACGUUUUCGAAGGUCGUAAAAAAAAAGGAGGUAAAAACAAAAAGCACAAAAUGGGAUUGAUGAUGGGAUUUACGGCGAUGGGCAUGACUAUCGUCGGAGGUCUAUUUAACAAGAUGAUGAUGGGUGGUGCGAUAUCAAUAGCCUUGAAAGCACUAAUCAUAGCCAAAAUCGCUCUGAUUCUAGCCGGUACCAUGGCAAUAAAAAAGCUAUUAAGUGGUGGUGGUAUUGGUAGCGGCCAAGUCAGCAUUCAUCCAUCGUGGAUUGGUGGCGGAGGCAGUGGUGGAAAUGAACAACAUUCCGGAUACCGAAGAAGUUACGCAGCGCUACAGCCAAGUAUGACUGCCGCUGAUGCGUUGCCUUACAAAGAACAAAUUGAUUCUUACAGCAAUACCCAUUAUUCCAGAUAGUUCGGCAACGCAAAAGCCUUGCGAUGAACUAUUAGCCAACUUCGUUAAGUGUAUAUUACAAUAUAUUUAACAAAAAUAAACUUUGUGACGACAAAGUCUCUGAUGGUGUACACAUAAUUUUUUCACAU